CUAUUUUUGUUUUCUCUAUCCAUAUUUCUCCCACGUUGCUUAUUCAAUCUCCGGUCAAGACCUGCCGGAGUUUCUUCCAUGUACUCUUGUAUUCUCGUUCUCGUUCUCGUUCUCUUUCAGUUUCUGUUUUACUUAUUCCCUCAGACCCAUCAUUUGUACCGAAUGUUAGUGUUGCAAUUUCGUCCUGUUUUGACAGAAGAGUCUUCACCUUAUGCCUUCUUUCUGUUGCUUCUUGUCAAUAGCAUUCCGAUUUUGAAAUGAUACGGGGACGGCCGUCCUGUAAGUAUUAUCUUUCUAUGAACUUCAGAAACUUGGUUACCACUUGUACUGUCCCACUUGAUCCUCCAACUACUUCUAGUUUCUCUUCUGCAAGCGAACAUAAAAAUUUGUGCUUUUCCUUAGUGGAGCAGCUAAUUCGUCGUGGCUUCUUUUUUCAGGCGCAACAAGUGAUACAACGAAUUGUAACACAAUCUUCUUCAAUUUCUGAAGCUAUUUCGAUUGUUAAUUUUGCUGCUGAAUGGGGUUUGGAGCUUGAUUUGGCUACCCAUGGUUUGCUCUGCCGGCAACUUGUUUUCUCUAAACCCCAGUUGUCUGAAUUUCUGUACAAUAGGAAAUUUGUAGUUGGAGGUGCUGAGCCAGAUGUGUUACUUUUGGAUUCUAUGGUAAGCUGCUUUUGUAGGCUAGGAAAAUUUGAGGAGGCACUGAGCCAUUUUAAUCGACUCCUUUCGUUGAAUUAUGUCCCGAGUAAAGUUUCAUUUAAUGCUAUCUUUCGAGAGCUUUGUGCACAAGGAAGGGUUUUAGAGGCGUUUAACUAUUUUGUGAGAGUCAAUGGAGCUGGUAUUUACUUGGGGUGUUGGUGUUUUAAUGUCUUGAUGGAUGGGCUAUGCAAUCAGGGGUUUAUGGGGGAAGCUCUUGAAUUGUUUGAUAUAAUGCAAAGCACGAAUGGUUAUCCUCCUACAUUGCAUUUGUUUAAGACAUUGUUUUAUGGCCUUUGUAAGAGUGGAUGGUUAGUGGAGGCAGAGUUGUUGAUCAGAGAAAUGGAGUUCCGAAGUCUAUAUCCUGACAAGACGAUGUAUACUUCUUUAAUUCAUGGAUAUUGCAGAGAUAGGAAAAUGAAAAUGGCAAUGCAAGCCUUGUUUAGAAUGGUAAAAAUAGGCUGUAAGCCGGAUACUUUUACAUUAAAUUCAUUGAUCCAUGGGUUUGUGAAACUGGGUCUAGUUGAGAAGGGUUGGUUAGUAUAUAAGCUUAUGGAAGACUGGGGAAUCCAACCUGAUGUGGUAACUUUUCACAUCAUGAUCGGUAAGUAUUGUCAGGAAGGGAAGGUUGACUCUGCAUUAAUGAUUUUGAAUAGUAUGGUCAGCUCCAACUUAUCUCCUAGUGUUCAUUGUUAUACAGUUUUGAGUAGUGCACUUUACAGGAAUGGUAGGUUAGAAGAAGUCGAUGGAUUGUUUAAAGGUAUGUUGGACAAUGGAAUCAUACCUGAUCAUGUGUUGUUUUUAACACUUAUGAAGAUGUAUCCAAAGGGACAUGAACUUCAGCUUGCUUUAAAUAUUUUAGAGACAAUUGUAAAGAAUGGGUGUGGGUGUGAUCCUUCUGUAAUCUUAGCCAGUGCAGAGUGGCAAACAUCAAGCAAUCUGGAGCAAAAAUUUGAAAUAGUUCUGAAAGAAAUAUCCAUUAGCGACUUGAAUCUAGCAGGUGUGGCAUUUAGUAUUGUGAUUAGUGCUUUAUGUGAGACAGAAAAUUUUUGUUAUGCUUUGGAUUACUUGCAUAAUAUGGUAAGCCUAGGAUGCAAGCCUCUGCUCUUUACUUACAAUUCCUUGAUUAGGCGUCUUUGCAAGGAGAGGCUUUUUGAGGAUGCUAUGUCUCUAAUCGAUCACAUGAAGGACUACAGUUUGUUUCCGAAUACCACAACAUAUCUGAUUAUCGUAAACGAAUACUGUAGGCAGGGUAAUGUUACAGCAGCAUACCAUAUUCUAAGGAAAAUGAGACAGGUGGGAUUGAAACCAAGUGUUGCUAUUUAUGAUUCAAUAAUCAGGUGUUUAAGUAGGGAAAAGAGAAUUUGUGAAGCAGAAGUUGUUUUCAAGAUGAUGCUUGAGGCUGGUAUGGAUCCUGAUAAGAAGUUCUAUUUGACGAUGAUUAAAGGCUAUAGUAAAAAUGGAAGGAUUCUUGAAGCAUGUGAAUUGUUUGAGCAAAUGGUUGAGAAUUCUAUUCCACCAAGCUCUCAUAUUUAUACAGCGCUGAUUCGUGGCUUGGGUAUGAAAAAUAUGACUGAUAAGGGAUGUUUAUAUCUGGGCAAGAUGUCAAGAAAUGGGUUUUUACCUAAUGUUGUAUUGUAUUCCACACUUAUGAACCAUUACCUAAGGGUAGGAGAGGUUUAAUAUGCCUUUCAAUUAGUUGAUUUGAUGGAAAGGAGCCACAUUAAACCCGAUGUUAUCUUCUAUAUCACAUUGGUCAGUGGUGUUUGCAAAAAUUCAAGUGUGAAAAAAAUGGUGCAUGCUAGGGAAAGAUAAUGAAAAGGCAAAAUUUGCGUGGUUUCAUCCGCUCCAUGAAAUAGUUAUUGUUCCCAAGGAUAAUAAUAAGAUAGUUUCCACAAAUUUUACCAAGGAAAUGAAAUCCUUAGCAUUAAAACUUCUUCAGAAGGUUUAAGAUGUAGGCAUUAUGCCUAACCUGCAUAUGUGGACAUUUUAAGACAGAUAGGAUGUUGGAUGAGAAUUAGCACUUGGAAUUGAUGCAAAAAGAAGGGUUGCGUCCAAUCCAUUUACUUUCACGAUACUUAUGGACGGGCAUAUUCUUGUGGGCAAUGUUAACUCUAUUAUUGGGUUGUUUAAUAAGAUGCAUGUAGAUGGUUGCAUUUCAGAUAAAGUUGCAAACACCUUUCUGAAAGGCCUUUCGAAAGGAGGGAGACUUUCUGAUGGAUUAUCACUCACAUACAAUGCGUAAAAGAAGAGGAAGAUUGAAGACAACUUUUUCUUCUAGAGUCCAGGAGUGAAUGGGACCUCUGUGUCUGGCAACCACGACUGUCCUGCAAUGAAAUUUUGGACGGUGAACUCUGAUGCCUCUGUUAAAUUGGUUAUAACAUGGUAACCUUUCCACUUCACUCGCUGGCUAAUUGGUGACCCAGGACCAAUGUUGUUAUAUUCUCCAUAAUAUAACGUAUUCAACGCAAAGUCACCAUCCCACUCCAACCAACCUGCUGGAUCAACCAAACUAUCAAUGUCAUCUGUGGCCAUGACUCGUGAAUUGUGGAUUGAAAUGCCAGUAUUUUGAUUUGGAUCUGUCCGUCCUUGAGCAGUGACUGCGUUCUUCUGACCAUUCAUUGGCUUCCUUGCAUAAAUCAUGCAAUUCUGUAGAACAACUGCAGCAUUGCCAAAUAUAAAAUCUACAGUGCCGUAAAUAUAACACUCCUUAUAGAAUUGUCUUUGUGAAUGGACAUAAAGGGUGUCUUGAUACCCUUCAAAGGCACAACGGUAGAAAACAGAAAGAUCUGCGCCAGAUCGGAGUGCAACUGCUUGAUGGUUCUCAGGACCAGCGGUAUUCCGGAAUGUGAUGCCGCGAGCUAUAAAUCCUUCACCAGUCACCGCUGAUUGUCACGGAAUACAAACAAGUAUUUCUCGUUAUUUGAUUUCACAAUGCUGUUUUAGGAAUGUAUAUAAAAAAUAAAAAUGUAUACAAGUAUUUGACUUUUGACAGCUAUAUAAUGUAUAGUAUGAAAUUCAUAUGAUGAAAUGCGGUAUAUACACAUUGCCAUUUUUAUA